AUGGGAAAGAAGCGGCGCAACUACCCGAACCUGGAGGAGCUGUUGAGCCGGCCAUGGUGUUACUACUGCGAGCGUGACUUUGAGGAUCUGAAGCUGCUGAUCUCGCACCAAAAGGCCAAGCACUACAAGUGUGACCGAUGCGGUCGGCGGCUGAACACGGCCGGCGGCCUGUCGGUGCACAUGAACCAGGUGCACAAGGAGACGUUGGUGCGGGUCGAAAACGCGAUCGAAGGCCGCGAGGGUCUAGACGUGGAGAUCUUUGGGAUGGAGGGCGUGCCCGAAGCCGCUGCUACCCAGCACAACAACGAGAUCUUGCAGGGCUUCCAGAAGGACCGGGCCAGCCGCCAGGCCGUGACCGGAAACCCACAGCCUGGUCAGCCCGGCGUUCAGCGACCGGCCAAGAAGAUCCGCAUCGAGUCGGCCGACGAGCUGAAGCACCGCCUGGCCGAGUACCGUGCUCAGGAAGGCGCUCGCAAAGCUGCCGCAGCUGCUGGUCCGCCUCCUGCUCCCUCGGCUCCCAUCGCUUCCGCUUCUGCUUCUGCUUCCGCUUCCGCUCCUGCUACCUCGCCUACCUCUCUCCCCAAUCGGCCUCCCAACAGCGGCAUCGGCGGCCCUGCCGGCCUGCCCCAGCGACCCUCCGCCUACGGCACCGGUGCUGCCUCCACGCUCGAUGACCUCGUCUCUGGCGCUGCUCACGGCGGUGACGACAUCGACAAGAUCAUCCGCAUGGCCGAGGCCGGCAUCCGUCCCCCUGCUCCUCAGCCUGGCCCGCCUGCUGCUCAGCCGGCCGCACCCGAGAAGGAAAAGAAAAAGGAAAAGGCUAUGCGCAUGGUCUAUUCCGACGGCGACUUCAGCCUCGAGGAACGCAUGGCCCUCAUUCCUCGUUAUGCCGUUGCAACGGCCUGA